AUGUCCUGUUUUUUUCCUCAAAAAAAAAAGAAUGGCAGAAUAGGAACUGCCGAGAAAUCGGCCGCUGUCGAUUCGGUGCCUACAACAUCAGCAUCCACGCCAUUUGCACAUACAACGAGUAGUACCACGGUGGGUAGUGGCGAUGCAUGCAGUUCAGCCACUCCUUCAACUUCGCCGAGAAAGAAGCCGUUGGCCCCGAUGACUGACACCUUGUCUAGUAUGAUAGAGGAAUUCAAGCGAUGCACGAAUAAUCUUGCACUACCGGGUCAAAAGAAACGAUUACAGAAUGUACAUGUUGACAUGGUGAUUGCGAUUGAAGAACAGUGCUUGAAAGAUGGCUAUUCCGUUCAUGAAAAAGCUCGGGUAGCGCAUUCCCUAGCGGACUAUUGUGGCAUUCAAAAGAACUCAUUGUAUGCCCGUUGCAUCAAGCGGAGAGACGAACAUAAAAAUGGAGCUCCAAAUCUAGCUUUCCUCGCAAAGUCGAGUGGUGGAGGCUUUGGUGGAUUUACAGCACUCAACAAAAGUGUUGCGUCUACUCCUGCUCUCGACAACGUUAAACCGUCAACAUCAACUCCUAGCGUAAACGCCAGCAAACCAGCUUCCACUCCUAGUACUGCUCAUGUAACUGCGACCUCUGCGAAAACACCGACUGUAAGUUUAAAAGCAUUUUCUGCUUCCUCUCAAGUUUUUCUGCAGUCUUUCUUCUCAUAUUGGUAUUUUUGCAUCAGCGCAAGCGGAUUUAUUGCUGCAAAAGCCCUUGAACUGAUAUGAUA